AUGACGGAGUUGGCCUUUUCCGUAGCAGAAAAAGUUAUCGAGAAGCUAGGCUCCCUUGCUUCCCAAGAGAUUUCCUUGACACGGAACAUUGCAAGCGAUUUGAAAGAGCUUCAGGAUACCAUGUCCACCGUCCAAGCCGUGCUGCUGGAUGCUGAGGAGAAGCAAGCAACAAACCACCUGCUGAGCGUUUGGCUGGAGCGACUCAAAGUUGUCUUUCAUGAUGCCAUGGAUGUGCUGGAUGAAUUCGAGUUUGAAGAUCUACGGAGGCAAGUGGUGAAAAAAUAUGGAAGCACUGGCAGAAAGCUUGAGAUGCGACUCGAUGAUAAUCGUAUUGUGCACAGGGAGACCCACUCCUUUGUUCGUGAUCGUGAUGUUAUUGGGAGGGCUGAUGACAAGCAAAAGAUCAUAGAUCUUUUGAAGCUCCCAAAUGAUUAUGAUAACAUUUAUGUGAUUUCUAUUGUGGGAAUCGGAGGUCUGGGCAAGACUACACUUGCUCAAUGGGUGUAUAAUGAUGAAUGGGUAGCUAAAAACUUUGACCCCAAAAUGUGGGUGUGUGUCUCAGAAGACUUCAACGUUUUAAAAUUGGCAAAAGAAUUGCUUAAAUUGGCAGGUGGUGGGAUUAGUGAAAACAUGAGCCUGGAUGAAGUGCAAGCUAGAUUACGAAGAUGCGCAUUCAGGGAAAGAGAGCAUGAACAAUAUCCAAAUCUAGUAAAGAUUGGAAAGGAAAUUGUGAAAAAAUGCGAAGGUGUUCCUUUGGCUGUGAAGACUUUAGGGAGCUUACUUUAUUCUAAAACCGAGGAGCAUGAUUGGAUUUCUAUAAGGGAAAAUGAUAUAUGGAAAUUAGAGCAAAAAGAAAACGACAUUUUACCUGCAUUAAGAUUGAGUUACAAUAAAUUGUCAUCAUACUUAAAAAAAUGUUUUGCUUAUUGCUCAUUAUAUCCAAAGGGUUUUAGAUAUAAUAAUGAGGACUUAAUUCUGUGUUGGAUGGCAAAUGGGCUCCUCAAAAAGCCCAACAACAGUACUGAAGAGUUGGAAGAUAUUGGAGAACAAUAUUUAAAAGAGUUGUUAUCAAGAUCUUUCUUUCAAGAAGUUGAAGGUGAAGGCAAAAUUGUUUGGUCAUUUAAAAUGCAUGAUUUGUUACAUGAUCUUUCGUUAUAUGUUGCACAAAAUGAUUAUUGCUUAAUUGAAGACAUUAAUCACACCAACAAAUUUGAAAAGGCUAGACAUGUUUCAAUUUUGGACCAUAAGUUGAGUGUUGAUGCAGGGCCAUUUUGGCCCAUUAGCAUUAAUUUUUGA